AUGUCUGAACCUACCGAGGCUACGGCCGUAAAAACAGAGGAGGUUGACGACAACUUGGAUAAAAAGACUCUUUUCGUUAGAGCAAUUCCAAAAGAAGCCACCACGGCUGAACUCUCUGAGUACUUCUCUCAGUUUGUCCCAGUGAAGCAUGCGGUUGUGGUUACCGAUAACGAGAAACAGUCUCGUGGGUUUGGUUUCGUUUCUUUCACUAUGGAAGACGAUACUUUGACUGCUUUGGUCGAAGCUAAGAAGGUGAAAUUCCAGAACCGUUUCCUUCGAGUUGACAUUGCUAAGAGAAGAGACAGAAAGGGUAAGGACGGUGCUGAGCCUAGAGAGAGAGAGGAACAGGCACCAGUUGAGAAGAGAAGAUCUCGUUUGAUUGUUAGAAACUUGCCUUGGUCUUGUAAGGAUGCUGAGACCCUCAAAAAGCUCUUCCUGAAGUACGGUGGUGUUCACGAUGCUUAUAUUCCAACUAAGAAGGGUGGCCUAAUGAAGGGUUUCGCCUUUGUGGUUAUGAAGAAGAAGGCUGCUGCCGAGAGAGCCGUUAAGGAGUCUGUCGGCUUGAAGAUUGACGGCAGAGAAGUUGCUGUGGAUUUGGCUGUGGAGAAGUCUAAGUGGGAACAGGUCCGUGAGACUGAAGAAGACAAGACUACAGGCAGAGAGAGAGAAGUCAAGACUGAAAGCGAAGAAGAGGUUGCCGUCAAGGAGGAGGAAGACUCCGAUGUUGAGUCUGAGGCCGAAGACGAUUCUGAAUUUGAUGAGCUUAAUGGUGACAAGGUAAAGGAAGAAGACGAUGAAGACAUGGACGAAGACGAAGAAGAAGAAGAGGAGGAGGAGGAGGAGGAGGAAAAAGAAAAGCAAAACAGACAAGAUGCUUUCUCUGUCUUUGUGAGAAACAUUCCAUACGACGCCGACAAGGAAUCCUUGACGACUCACUUCACCCAGUUCGGUCCUGUCAAGUAUGCCUUGCCAGUUAUUGACAAAGCCACUGGUUUGGCCAGAGGAUCUGCUUUCGUUGCUUUCAGAACCGAAGAUGCUUAUAACUCCUGUCUACUGAACGCUCCAUCUGUGUCUUCUACUUCCAUGUUGAUCUCAGACGAUGUUCUGCCUGAAUAUGUCUACCAGGGCAGAAUUCUCUCUAUUGUAUCUACUGUUGAUAGAACCUCCGCCGGCAGAUUAGCAGAGAGAAACCUGAAUAAGAGAAAGGAGGUCUACGGUAAAGAAGAAGGCGAGAAGGAUAAGAGAAACUUGUUCUUGUUGAACGAAGGUCGUGUGACAGAAAACUCCAAACUUGCUGAGGUCAUGUCCAAGACUGACAUGGAGGUCAGAGAAAAGUCUUACAAAAUGCGUGUCCAGCAACUUAACAAAAACCCUACUUUGCAUUUAUCCCUCACAAGAUUAGCUAUCAGGAAUCUUCCAAGAGCAAUGACGUCAAAAGCCUUGAAAGCUUUGGGUCGUAAGGCUGUCGUUCUGUUUGCCACAGAAGUCAAGGAAGAAAAGAGACAUCCUUUGUCGAAGGAGGAAAUCAGCCGUUCGACAAAGGCCAAGCACGAAUUUGACGAGCAGAUCAAGAAUGUCGAGGACGAGGAGAAAGAAAAGAAAAAGAAGACUAAGCACACUGGUGUUGUUAAACAGGCCAAGGUUAUCAUGGAGGUCAAGGGUACUGGAGAGACAGGAAGAAGUAGAGGUUACGGUUUCUUGGAAUUCAGAGACCACAAAUCUGCAUUGAUGGGUCUUCGUUGGCUUAAUGCUCACGAGGUCACUACCGAAGAGGUGUUGACGGGGCUUGAUGAAGAUGAAAAGAAGGUUGCCAACCUUGAAGGACUUACCAAGAGACGUCUUAUUGUCGAGUUUGCCAUUGAAAACGCUCAGGUUGUCAAGAGAAGAAAGGACAAGGUCUUCAUUGCCAGAAACAAUAAGAGAAAGAGAGACGAUGAUGAGGGCGAAGGAGACAAGAAGGACGACGAUGCCGACGAACGCCCAUCUAAGAAGCAAAAGAAGAAGGGUAAGAAGGGUAACAUGAACAAGGGCCCUAAAGCACCUAAGGAUAAGGAAGCUAAAGAAGGGGAGAAAAAAGAAAACAACAAAUCCGGUCUUUCUAAUGAUGUCAAGCUGAUAAUCGGAAGAAAGAGAAAGAACAGAAAGGGAAAGAACUAA